CAUAUACCGUAAGACAUACGGGAGUCUUGUUCCACUUCCAGCACAGUGGUCCACUCUGUCCAAACUGAGGAACGCCACAGUCCACUUCCAGCACAGUGGUCCACUCUGUCCGAACUGAGGAACGCCACAGUCCACUUCCAGCACAGUGGUCCACUCUGUCCGAACUGAGGAACGCCACAGUCCACUUCCAGCACAGUGGUCCACUCUGUCCGAACUGAGGAACGCCACAGUCCACUUCCAGCACAGUGGUCCACUCUGUCCAAACUGAGGAACGCCACAGUCCACUUCCAGCACAGUGGUCCACUCUGUCCGAACUGAGGAACGCCACAGUCCACUUCCAGCACAGUGGUCCACUCUGUCCAAACUGAGGAACGCCACAGAAUUGAGUAUUUAUUAGGAUCCCCUUUGACUCUGUCUAUACUAGCUCACAGCUCAUUUCAACUAAGUAGCAGCAACUAAUAACGGAAAGAAUGAAAGUCGACUAUCUACAGAACGUGCCUUCAUCAGACGCAACCAGAAGCUACACCUUCACCAGCAAUGAGGGGAAGCGCUGUGUGGCAUGGAAACGCUACGAUGGGUCUAUGUAUUUCACCGCAGAGCCUGAAGAGCUGGUUGACCCAGUCGUCAAAGCCAUUAAGGGUGGUGCUGUGGGUGCUCUGACGGAGAUGGUGAAGACUGGGAGAAACCUGACGGAGAGGAAUAAGUUGGGGUGGCUACCUCUGCACGAGGCUGCAACCCACGGGAAGAAGGAAUGCCUUGAUAUCUUACUGGAAGCCCAUCCUGAGGUGAUUAACAGGCGCACGCUGAAGGACCAGACUCCUCUCUUCCUAGCUGUGGUGGCUGAACAUGUGGCCUGUGUCCAGUGCCUGCUGGAGAAAGGAGCUAACCCCGUCAUCGCCGACAAGGACAGGGAAACCCCUCUAUAUAAAGCUUGCGAGGGAGAGAAUGUUGAGAUGGUGGCAAUGCUUUUGGGAUUCGGGGCCGGGGUGAACAAGCAUUGUAUUCUGGGCUGGACCGCCCUCCAUGAGGCUGUGAUCCGCAACAACGUGGAGAUAUGUGAGCUUCUGAUGAGGGCAGGGGCCAAGCUCAGUCCAGUCAACAUGUACGGUAUCACUCCCCUGUUCGCUGCAGCCCAGACCGGACAUGUUGAGGUCCUGAACUUCCUCAUCACCAACGGUGCAGACGUUAACAGCCAGGCGAACGAUGGGGCCACGCCGCUCUAUGAAGCCUGUAAGAACGGACAUGGGGAGAUCGUGGAGGUCCUGCUGUAUCAGAAAGCAGACGCCAACAAACCCACUAAAGCUGGACUUCUACCCAUUCAUAUUGCCGCCCAACGUGGAUAUGAUGAGAUUGUGUCCAGACUGAUCCAAGUCACCAGCAAGUCCAGAGUGCGACUCAGUGGCAUCAGUCCCCUCCACCUGGCCGCCGAACACAACAAAGACAACACCCUGGAGGUUCUGAUCGAGGCAGACUUCGACGUCAAUGCCAAGCUGUCCACCGACCGCUCUUCCAUAUACCAGGAUCGACGAACCACUGCACUCUAUUUCGCAGUCACCAACAGCAACGUUGAUGCUGCCGCCAUGCUUCUUAAGGCUGGCGCCAACCCCAACCUGGACAUCUUCAACCCGCUACUGGUGGCCGUUAGGCAGGGUUGUGUCCAGAUGGUGUGCUUACUGGUGGAGCACAGGGCAGACGUCAAUGUUAAAAUCCCAACUCACCCCACCUCGUUCCCGGCAAGUGUCAUGUUCUGUAUGAAGUAUCUGUCUCUGCUCAAGUACCUCAUGGACAACGGCUGUGACGCCCUAUCCUGUUUCAAGUGUGAGCAUGGCACCAAACCACACCCACCGAUGAGGAAUGUAUACAAGGAUGACCUGGGUCUCUGCCACGAGGAGCCCGGUGUGCAGUUCUGUGACAUUAUCUCCAGUCCCUCAAUACGUCAUUGGGCAGGACCCAUCAUAGAUGCACUUCUAGACUACGUGGGUAAUGUACAGCUGUGCUCCAGACUCACUGAACAUCUGGACAGCUACGAGGACUGGGCCUGUAUCAAGGAGAAAUCGAUGCCCCCACGGAGCCUUAUGCAGUUGUGCAGGCUGAAGAUCCGACAACAGGUGGGAGUCCACAGACUGAGGCAGAUCAGCACCUUACCCCUAGCAGGAAGACUUGUCAACUUCCUAAACCAUGAGGAGUGAUCCAUAGCACAAUAAGGACACUGGCAUGGAAUUCAAUACUGCAGAGUUGUUAACAUUCUCUUUAUGCAUGUGAUUGUGUUUGGAUAAAGGUGAAUUCCAUAAGAUUACAUGCAGCUAAUUGUAAUAAAAGGAUUGACAAAGCUCAUCAUAUGAGUUUACCACAUCCUGAAUCAAUGCAGAUUUAAUCCUUAUUCUUUUACAUUUUGGUUUACACACAAACGUUUAGGAAACAAUGUGGUAAGCCACCGAACGUUCCAAACAAACCCCACAUACAAAGAAAAUGGAUUGAAGGAGCAUGACAGAUCUGCCAUUCUAUUUCAAUGCAGAACGUGUCAUCCGGACUUGUUUGACCCUUGAUGAAAAUAUAAAAUGUAAAAUGUAAUGAAAAAUGGUAUUUUAACCUUGGUGCUUUUUAUUUCUUCAAGUAGAAGUGAAUAAUGUACGUACUGUAUGGAGUGAAACUUAUAUUCAAUACUUAUUGUGUGAAUGCACAUACCUAAUAAGCUACCACAUUUAUUUGUCUAUCCAGGUUACCUACACAGUGUCACAUUAUACAUUUGAUUUUUGUUGUGUUAUUCAUAACUUACUAUUGAAUGUCUUGCAGCUUUAAGACUUUUGGUGUAAUCAACCUCGUGAAGUUACAUAAGAGGGUUUUGAUAUUCAUAGAAAGUAAAUUAACUAUACUUCCAGUAAACUACAUCCACACAAAGUCAGACUAACACACGCAUACAUACCCCUUAAGCUCUGUAGCCCCCUCUCCAUUCCAUUUUCACAACUAAGCCCAGUGUUUUGAACACAACACUUCCUGUGCCCUUUGACCCCCAGCACUUUCAAGUCCCCUGCACCUGCCUCCCCUAGCCAGUGUCUCUCAGAAGGUCAAAGGGACUAUGAGGCUCACAGUGGAUGAAAGCAGCGGCGGAUAUGCUGGCUUUGCAUAUCAUUGUGUUCCCCCAUGAGGACGGCUAAAAAUAAAUGGGCCACUAUAACCACCACCUGCUAGAAGAGGCCGGAGUGCUAGUUCAGGGUCAGAUAUUAUCUUUAAUCCUGAUGGUUAAAGUUAGGAUUUGCAGUUGGGUAAUCUGAUCCUAGAACUGUGGUUAAAGGAGACGUCUACCUCGCGCGAGUUAGUUUUUGGUACUGCUGGGGAGCACAGAAGGGGUAGUUCUGAGCUCUCUCUAGACCAGAACCAGUAAGAGAAUCUAUAAGAACAGAGUUUGUCAACCACUGUCCUGGGUUCCCAAUGAGUAUGCAGGUUUAUGGAAGGGGAUUGCCAGUUCAAAUCCCAGGCUGAUGGGGAACAUCAGGCAGGAUGUGAUCAGCUUCCCUCAUACUAACCCUUUCUUAGGGCUAAAAAGCAAAACAGAUCUGAGAUCUGUAGACUUGGACCACUUCAUUGUAUAACCCCAGGAGGGACCGCAUCACAAAUGUCACAGCGUGAAUGGUUGGAGCAUAGUGCUUAUGACACUAGGGUCAGGGUUAUGGGUCUGAAAAUAAUUGUGGUUAGCCUUGUACUGCUUUGUAAAUUAUUAUGUAUGGAUUAUGAAUUUGUUAUGAAGUCAUUAUGUUGGUACCCUUCA